CAUUUCCUACAUUCUGCAGGACACACAGAAAGAGGGAGAGACGGGCAGAGCGAGAGAGAGAGAGAGAGGGAGAGAGAGAGAGAGCACUGGGAGAGUGAGUGGGAGUUUCUAAGUGGGAACAGAACAUUUACUGUUUCAUAUUACACAAAAAGCAGAGAAAGAGGAGAAGAGUUAAUGGUGGGUAAGGGGUAGUGGUGGGUCGUGCGGUCCGGCUCUGUUUUGAAUGUAGCUGCUAGUUGAGGUGCUGUGCAGUUGUCUGGGUUUAUGGAUUCGCUGACUGUGGAAAAUGUACUUCUCUAUAGUGGUCCUUGUCCUGACUAAGGCUCUGUUCACAGAUGUAUGUCACGCUCUCAAUGUGACACUGACCCCAGGACCUGUUGUGAUGGUAACAGAGAAAGACAACGUGACCCUGUCCUGCCUGGUAUCUCAGAGGAAGAGGAGCAGCAGCGUUCUCAUCCUUCGCUGGUUCUUCUCACCUCUUGCAGCUCCGACUCUCCUCCCUCCUCCAUCCUCUCCAUCCUCCUCCUCCCCCCCAGCCCUGGACCCCUCCCAAUUUCUGAUCGUGAAGAUGGGCAUAAAGAAAAUGAAGCUGUACGGUAACUACACCCGUCAUUUCCCCCAGCCAAAGUUUCGCCUGUACGAGGAGGCGGAGGGGGAGCUGUAUCGGUUGCGGAUCUUCAGCGUGGCAGGGGCGGAUCAGGGGUUCUACACGUGCAAGGUUCAGGAGAUCCGCAAAUUCAGAAACACGUGGAGAUCCUCGUCCAAUGGUACCAGCACCACACAGCUCACAGUGCACUUCACUCUGGAGGACGGCAGCAAUGAAGGACUGUGGCGUUUAUUUGCAGAUGUCUAUCUGUGCGCUGUGCUGAUCUGCUCACUGGGCCUGUUGUCCAUCUUCCUGUUCACUCUGGUUCUCACGUGCCAGUACUUUCACAGACGACACAGGCUCAAAGCCAGUUACCUGCUGGUCAAGUGUCCAGAAAGCAGCUCAGGAGAGACUGUGACCAGCUCCAGCAGCUCCUCCAGCUACUCCCCAAGAGCGCAGAGGAAAGACACCAGACGGAAACCUGACAGAAGAGUCACAGUAACACCACCUAAACUACCUGUAGAGCCUCUACCGCACAUACCAGCCAAAGUGCCUGUUGCUGCAAAGAGACCUCAAAAGCCCAGAAGGUUAAAGACUCAGCCGAGGAGAUCUGCCGCUAGUUGUUAUUGAGAUUCGUACAAGAGGGAAUUUGUCUCAAGACUGCAUGAUUGUCUACAGGAGUUUAUUGCCAUCGCUUCAUUCAGUUAUGAGCUUGAUAAUUCUAUUUAGCUUUAUUGCUUCUCAAACACAAUUAUUUAUUUAGAUUGCUUCAUUGGUUUUAUAUCUACAAUAAAAGUGUCAAACAAGUAUAUACAGAGGAAAACUGCUCAAACUAAGGAUCAUCCGCAGCUCCACCGUUGCCCUUCUUGUGAUUUUGCAUUGAAAUCUUGCUACGGAGAUGUGAGCAUUUCUUCUGCACGCACAUACUGAUUGAAUUAGUGCAACGAGAAGGAUCUGGGGAUGUUGGAUAGGAAUCCGGUCGAACCAAAUGAGUAAACUGAAUGUUCCAAGAGGUCCUGGGAAGCCUGUAAACACAUAUUUUCUGCAGCUAAGAAGCACCAUGGAGAUAUUUACCACAGACAGUGAAACUAUUUUACUGUUCUAUGAGAAAGAUGUAAUGCAGAGAAGAUGCAUAGAGGGAAAAUCAGGAAAUGUUUAUACUUUAAAUACAACAGUUUCCAAGCCUGAGACCACUUUACCAUUGAAGUUAAUGGGAAUGUUUGGACCCCACUGCAUUUCAGAUUCUAUGGGUUUAAGCACCCACAAUAAUGCCUGGCACCCAGGUGUGCCAGCAUAUACAGUCCGGGAGUACAUAUGUAUUGAUUUUAUAAACAGUUGGUGCUACACCUGAGCUCUUAACCCAAACUGCCACUUGGAGCGUCACUCCGGAUGAUCUAAUCUACUACCAUGAAGAAAUAAAACAAUGUAAAGAGAAAGCAAAUUCAAUUGAACUGGAAGGGCACUCAGGGAGUAACUUCUUCCGCAAAGGCCCAACAGUCCCCUUAAGACACCAUGUUUUAAUUCACUAGAUGCAGAUUUUUAUUUGGCGGUUUUUAAAAACAAGAUCUAUAAAUUAAAUCAAACAAAAUCAAAUGAAAAUGAUGCAAAACUGCUGUUCUGGAUGCGCACUAAAAUGUAAUGAGUUCUUUCUAGACUCAAAGUUUCAUGGUAAUCUUGCUUAUUUACAGACAAACAAAACAAAAACAUAACCUCCUUGGUGGAGGUAACUAUUUAAUAGUUCCUGUGGCCUAUGGUUUAGGUUAGGGUUUGUGCAGGCAAUGGCUCUUGCCUAAGGUUUAGUUGGGGCCCUGAUGGUCGGGCAUUCAACUGUUGAGACCACCCACUGGCAGUAACAUAAGUCGACACCGCUGUAGAAGCAGUUUUUUCCUCUAUUACAUUAUCGAGAGUUUCAUUCCACUUCUCUUUUCCCUCCCUCCUUCAGCCCCGGGUAUCACAGGAGGACAGUCUGACAUAUGCAGAACUGGAGCUGGUUCGACCGAGGCCGGAGCCCCAGGCCUCCUCCGGCACACCGGACCCCGACCCCUCAAGCCCGGACACUGUGUACGCUCAGAUCUUCUUCCAGGA